AAUGCUGCGGGACAGCAAUACCUCUCAACAUAAUGCCAUGCUAGGAAAGAAGAUACCGCAUCCCAAGUCCACCAACUUCGAUGACGAUGAUGGCGGCGACGACUUCGCGACACCUCCAGCGAAGCGCGUAAAGCGCGACAUCACAGACUUUGUCAAGAAAGAAAGUCCGAGCAGCACAGCGAAGACUCGGAGGGACAUAAUACCCGACUCAGAAGACGACAGCGACCAUGAAGAUCUCGUGGAACAACCGCACACUCGCCAGACCGAUCUUGAGACGGCUUUGCCUGCAAUCGAAACGGACAAGGAGGCCAUAGAGGCGUAUGAAGCGUCAAGAGCUGCGGAACAAGCAGGACUCGGACUACAAGAACGUCUCGAUGGACGCAAAUGGAUCCGAGGCAAGACCUCCAUCUACGUAGAUGCCUUCAAUCUGGCACUGGAGACCGUGCUCGAGCAAGAGAGUCAUCUCUUCAACGACGCCGAGCAUUCCGUGUUUAAGCAAUGGCGGGAGCUGAGCUACGAGGGCCAGUAUUUGUACGUCAGACUGUUCUUGCGCAAGACUUCGAGUUGGCACAGGAUCAAUCGUCUUGGCUACCACAGUGACAUUGCACAUCUUCAGGCAGCUGUGGACGAAUUACAACUUGCACGACAUCUCCCAAGUCACUCGUCGCAGAGUCAGCCCAAUCCUGGUGAACUACACCCGCCACAGGGUAUUACUCUUGGCGAGGGCUUCACAUUUGCAGACAGGUCACAGGACUCUAUAUCUACGUUAGAGGAGGCUUCGUCGCUGCUGCUGUUAGACGAGCUGAAAGCUCUUGCAAAAGACGCGAAGGUGCGAGGCAAGAACAAGACAGAGCUUUUGGAAAAUCUCAGAAGGACAAGCGGUCAACAGUCCGCACUUUCCCGCUUCGGCAGUUUAAGACGAUCCGAUACAAACGACACUACAGCAUCGGUCGGAUCGAAGCAUGAGGAUGAGUCCAGCAGAGAGGCCACUCCUGGCAAGCUUGAGAAUCGCGAUGCGCACUUUCUCGAAAAGAUCAUGGCAGAGACUGGUCCAUGCAUUCGCCUAUCACUGGCCACCCUAAAGCUCUUCGAACGUGUACACCUGGUGUUCUAUCGUUCUACUGAAUGGACUGAGAAGUCACUGACCACCAUCAUACUGGCUCGGAUCGCAAGGCGGAACUUUCCAGAGUACAUUGUGUCUCGCUCCGCCAGCAUAUUUCCCUCUCGAUCGAUACUCCUGGAGUUCGAAGCAUCUGUAAGGACGCAAUUUCGAGUGGAUAACAUCCUUGAGUUCAAUGGAACACCUACCAAAGAAGGCCUCGAAGUCGUUCUUGAAAUAUUCAAGGAGAUCCAUUCCCGUUGGCGAAUUUUGCUGGCAGAAGAGCAGCGAAAGGAAGACAGCAUAUACAGCACCGGAGAAGGAGCAUACCUGCGACGACUUUCACCGGCAUGGGUGUAUACUCGCAUAGUCCACAAGGCUGCGUAUGUUCUUGGAACAGGUAAGUUCAAGGAUCACAAGCGAGAGCAUGAGAUCCUCUGCGAGCUGCUGAACCAGCGGCUGUUCCACACGUCCAGGCGCGGUGACUGGUAUCAGCGAAAGGCAUUGCUCGAGGAGCACUACAUGCACCUGCAUCUGCCUUCUCCAGCAGAAUGCAAGGAUAUCGAGGCCAAGAAGAAGCACUGGAAACGUGUUGCUCUCAGCACUUGCGAAGAAGGCUUGCAAGAUCAAUUGACGCAUUUGGUCUUUCAUCGCGACCUGCAGAAGCGGACUACGAAGUUGGAGAAGCAGUUGAAAGUACCCAAACGCCAACAACACAACUUCGAACAUGUCCGCUUGACCAAAGCUCAAGAGCGAACCUUUGAAGGCAUACGUAUUGAGCGCGAUCGGUCUGCCAAUGGAAGUCGUCGCAACAGCGAGCAGAUGUCGAAGCCUAAUACAGGCAACCGUGGCGCAAAGACAAUCUGGCUCGAUCCAGCUCUGGACAUCAAGAACGAAGCAGAUGCCGACAACAAGGACAACAAACUUGUUGAGGGUGAAUGCAGUGUGGAGGAGAUGUGCCUCUCAUCAUAUCGGGCUUUGGGCUGGAAAGGCUACCACUGCGAAGGCAGGCUCCUGCGCACUCUGGUCGGCUACCUUUUCUACGAUGUACUGUUUGUCUACAUUCCGAAUGUCUUCCAGACGGCAUACCAGACGUGUCCACUGGACCUGCACUCUGACGCAUUUUACCCUAGCCGGAUCAGCGAAGUCAAUGCGCGCUUAAACGAGAUCAGUAACGGCCAAGCUGCCACUCUCAUUGAGCGCAUAUGGGAUGAGCAUCAUGAACGCGAGACCUGCGUUGUAGGACUUGACUGGACGUACGCUAUCGAGGACUUGGUUGAAAUCGCUGCAUGCUUUCCACCUGCUGCGCUUUCGACUGUGAUGAAGGUCAUGGUCCAAGAAUACGCGCAACGUGGAGGUGGUGUCCCGGAUUUGUUUCUAUGGCGCCCGGACAGAGAAGAUGGAAAGGAAGGAGGCGAAGUCAUGUUCUCAGAGGUGAAGAGCGAGAACGACCGUCUCAGCGAUACACAACGAAUGUGGAUCGAUGUGCUGUCGGGUGCAGGCGUGCGAGUGGAGUUAUGCCAUGCAAAGGCUAAGGAGGUGAGAGAAAGAUUUUGAAUAUGAAGGCCAGUUGAGACUCCUCGUAGCAUGC